AUGCUCUCUGUAAUAGUAACCACACCCAAACCCUUCUCUUUCUACACCCCUUUCCUCCCCCAUCACCCACUUCCGCCCUCUCUCCACUCUCCCUCCGCCCACAGACCCCCUCUCCCAAAACCCAUCUCAGCCAUCAUCACCCCACAAAACCCAUCACCCCAGCAACAGCAACAACAGCUCUUCCAACCCUUCAAGCCUCCCCCAUCCCCUCUCCCCUCCAAGUUCCGCUCUCUCGACACCAACGCCCGCAUCGAAAUCCUCGCCAACCGUCUAGGAGUGUGGUAUGAAUACGCUCCUCUCAUCCCCUCCCUCACCCAGGAAGGUUUCUCACUUCCCACCAUUGAAGAGCUCACUGGCAUCUCCGGUGUUGAGCAGAACCGCCUCAUCGUCGCCACCCAGGUACGCGACUCUCUCUGCCAAUCCAAACUUGACCCAGAAAUACUCGCGUUUUUCGACAUUGGUGGUGCUGAAUUGUUAUAUGAAAUUCGACUUUUGAGCGCCACGCAACGCGCUGCGGCGGCGAGUUACCUGGUGGAGAACAAAUUGGAUGCAAAGGGUGCUCAGGAGGUUGCUCGCGCCAUGAAGGAUUUUCCUCGUAGGCGUGGAGAUCAAGGUUGGGAUAGCUUCGAUUAUACUCUCCCCGGUGAUUGUUUAUCUUUUGUGUACUAUAGGCAAGCUCUUGAGCAUCAAAAUUCUAUUGAAAUGAGGAAAACUGGGUUGGACAAGGCACUUGAAGUGGGGGCUUCUGAGAAUGCGAAGAAAAGGGUACUGAAGGAAUUGGAGGGGAAGAAUGGAGAGGGGGGAGAGGGAAAAGUUGGGGUUGAGGCUAGGGUGAGAGUGCCAGUGGUAAGGAUGCAAGUGGGGGAGGUGGCAGAGGCAACGGUAGUGGCAGUUUUUCCGGUUUGCAGGGCAGAGGAGAGGGAGAGGGAGGUGGAGGAGGCGCCGUGGGAGUGUGCACAGGAAGGAGAGUUUGGAAUGGUGGUGGCGGAUAAGGGGUGGAGGAGAUGGGUGGUGUUGCCGGGGUGGGAGCCUGUGGCAGGGCUAAGGAGAGGGGGAGUGGUGGUGGCGUUUAAGGAUGCACGGGUUCUGCCAUGGAGAGUGAAUAGGUGGUAUAAGGAAGAGGCUAUUCUGGUGGUAGCGGAUAGGGGGAGGAAGGAGGUGGUGGCGGAUGAUGGGUUUUAUUUGGUGAUUGGUGGUGGCAAUGGUGGUGAUGAUGGAUUGAAGGUGGAGAAAGGAUUGGCAUUGAAGGAAAUGGGUGUAAAAGAGUGUUUGGGGACUGUUGUAUUGGUGGUUAGGCCACCAAAAGAAGAAACUGAUAAUCAGUUAAGUGACGAAGAUUGGGAGUGA